CUGCUCGUAUUAAGGAGUUCCUCAUCCUUUUUGUUCGUGAAAGUGAGUUUGCUUAAUUAGAGAUGGAGCAAACGGACUGCAAACCCUACCAGCCUCUGUCAAAAGUCAAGCAUGAAAUGGAUCUAGCGUAUACCAGUUCUUCUGAUGAGAGUGAAGACGGAAGGAAACCAAGGCAGUCAUACAACUCCAGAGAAACUCUGCAUGAGUACAGCCAAGAGCUGAGAAUGAAUUACAAUAGCCAGAGCCGAAAGAGGAAAGAAGUCGAGAAAUCAACUCAAGAGAUGGAAUUCUGCGAAACCCCUCACACUCUGUGCUCUGGCUACCAGACAGACAUGCACAGUGUGUCUCGCCAUGGCUACCAGCUAGAGAUGGGGUCUGAUGUGGACACGGAGACAGAAGGUGCUGCCUCCCCUGACCACGCACUGAGAAUGUGGAUAAGGGGCAUGAAAUCGGAGCAUAGUUCCUGUUUGUCCAGCCGGGCCAACUCUGCAUUGUCCUUGACUGACACUGACCACGAAAGGAAGUCUGAUGGGGAGAAUGGUUUUAAAUUCUCUCCUGUUUGUUGUGACAUGGAGGCUCAAGCUGGGGCUACUCAAGACAUGCAGAGCAGCCCACACAACCAGUUCACCUUCAGACCCCUCCCACCGCCACCGCCGCCUCCACAUGCCUGCACCUGUGCCAGGAAGCCACCCCCUACAGCAGAUUCUCUUCAGAGAAGAUCAAUGACAACCCGAAGCCAGCCCAGCCCAGCUGCCCCUGCUCCCCCAACCAGUACACAGGAUUCUGUUCAUCUGCAUAACAGCUGGGUCUUGAAUAGCAACAUACCAUUGGAGACCAGGCAUUUCUUGUUCAAACAUGGAUCUGGUUCCUCCGCUAUCUUCAGUGCAGCCAGCCAAAACUACCCUCUGACGUCUAAUACCGUGUACUCGCCCCCUCCCAGGCCACUUCCUCGAAGCACCUUUUCUCGACCUGCCUUUACCUUCAACAAACCUUACAGGUGUUGUAACUGGAAGUGCACGGCCUUGAGCGCUACUGCAAUCACAGUGACUCUGGCUUUGUUAUUGGCCUAUGUGAUUGCAGUACAUUUGUUCGGACUGACUUGGCAGUUGCAACCAGUUGAAGGACAGCUCUAUGAAAAUGGAGUUAGCAAGGGGAGCAGAGGGACCGAGUCCUUGGAUACUACUUACUCUCCAAUUGGAGGAAAAGUUUCCGAUAAGUCAGAAAAAAAAGUGUUUCAGAAGGGACGUGCAAUAGACACCGGAGAGGUUGACAUCGGUGCACAGGUCAUGCAAACAAUCCCACCUGGCUUAUUCUGGCGUUUCCAGAUUACAAUCCACCAUCCUAUAUAUCUGAAAUUCAAUAUUUCAUUAGCCAAGGACUCUCUGCUGGGAAUUUAUGGCAGAAGAAACAUUCCACCUACACACACUCAGUUUGAUUUUGUAAAACUCAUGGAUGGAAAACAACUGGGCAAACAGGACUCCAAGGGCUCUGAUGAUACCCAGCAGUCCCCUCGGAACCUGAUCUUAACCUCAUUGCAGGAGACAGGUUUCAUAGAGUAUAUGGACCAGGGGCCAUGGUACCUGGCGUUUUACAAUGAUGGGAAAAAGAUGGAGCAAGUAUUCGUGUUAACUACAGCAAUUGAAAUCAUGGAUGACUGUUCAACCAAUUGCAAUGGAAAUGGAGAAUGCAUCUCUGGCCAUUGUCAUUGUUUCCCAGGAUUCCUUGGACCUGACUGUGCGAGAGAUUCAUGUCCUGUGCUGUGUGGUGGGAAUGGAGAAUACGAGAAAGGACACUGUGUCUGCCGGAAUGGCUGGAAGGGGCCAGAGUGUGAUGUUCCAGAAGAGCAAUGCAUUGACCCAACGUGCUUUGGCCACGGCACCUGCAUCAUGGGAGUCUGCAUCUGUGUGCCAGGAUACAAAGGAGAAAUAUGCGAAGAAGAGGACUGCCUAGACCCAAUGUGUUCUAGCCAUGGCAUCUGUGUAAAAGGAGAAUGCCACUGUUCCACCGGCUGGGGAGGAGUCAACUGUGAAACUCCACUUCCUAUAUGUCAAGAGCAGUGCUCAGGACAUGGAACCUUUCUUCUGGACACUGGAGUGUGCAGCUGCGAUCCCAAGUGGACAGGAUCUGAUUGUUCAACAGAGCUUUGCACCAUGGAGUGUGGUAACCAUGGAGUCUGUUCAAGGGGAAUUUGCCAGUGUGAAGAAGGCUGGGUAGGACCAACAUGUGAGGAACGCUCCUGUCACUCUCACUGUGCUGAGCAUGGCCAAUGCAAAGAUGGAAAAUGUGAGUGUAGCCCUGGAUGGGAAGGCGACCACUGCACAAUUGCUCACUAUUUAGAUGCAGUCCGAGAUGGCUGUCCAGGGCUCUGCUUUGGAAAUGGGAGAUGUACCCUGGAUCAAAAUGGUUGGCACUGUGUAUGUCAGGUGGGCUGGAGUGGAAUAGGUUGCAAUGUUGUCAUGGAAAUGCUUUGUGGAGAUAACCUGGACAAUGAUGGAGAUGGUUUGACUGACUGUGUGGACCCUGAUUGUUGUCAACAAAGCAACUGUUAUGUAAGUCCUCUUUGUCAGGGCUCUCCAGAUCCUCUUGACCUGAUUCAGCAAAGCCAGCCCCUCUUCUCUCAGCACACCUCUAGACUCUUCUAUGAUCGAAUCAAAUUCCUCAUUGGCAAGGACAGUACUCACGUCAUUCCUCCAGAGAUUUCAUUUGAUAGCAGGCGUGCCUGUGUGAUUCGAGGCCAAGUGGUGGCUAUAGAUGGAACCCCUCUAGUGGGAGUGAAUGUUAGCUUCUUGCACCACAGUGAUUAUGGGUUUACCAUCAGCCGGCAAGAUGGAAGCUUUGACCUUGUAGCAGUUGGUGGGAUCUCUGUCAUCUUAACUUUUGACCGAUCACCUUUCCUAACUGAGAAGAGGAUCCUCUGGUUGCCUUGGAAUCAGUUUAUUGUGGUGGAGAAAGUAACCAUGCAGAGAGUUGUAUCAGACCCACCAACCUGUGAUAUGUCCAACUUUAUCAGUCCAAAUCCUAUUGUGCUUCCUUCACCACUCACUUCAUUUGGAGGAUCCUGUCCAGAGAGAGGAACUAUUGUUCCAGAGCUCCAGGUUGUACAGGAGGAGAUCCCCAUUCCUUCCAGUUUUGUGAGGCUGAGUUAUUUGAGCAGCCGUACCCCCGGGUAUAAAACCUUGCUACGAAUCCUUCUGACACAUUCAACAAUUCCUAUGGGGAUGAUUAAAGUACACCUCACAGUAGCUGUGGAAGGGCGACUCACACAGAAGUGGUUUCCUGCUGCAAUUAAUCUUGUCUACACAUUUGCCUGGAACAAGACCGACAUCUAUGGACAGAAGGUUUGGGGACUGGCAGAAGCUUUGGUGUCUGUGGGAUAUGAAUAUGAAACAUGCCCUGACUUUAUUCUCUGGGAGAAAAGGACAGUCAUUUUGCAAGGUUUUGAGAUGGAUGCUUCUAACCUAGGAGGCUGGUCCUUAAACAAGCAUCAUAUUUUGAAUCCUCAAAGUGGAAUCAUACAUAAAGGGAAUGGAGAAAAUAUGUUCAUCUCCCAACAGCCUUCAGUUAUAUCAACCAUUAUGGGUAAUGGACACCAACGGAGUGUAGCCUGCACCAAUUGCAAUGGCCCAGCCCACAACAACAAGCUCUUUGCUCCUGUCGCCUUAGCUUCUGGUCCUGAUGGAAGUGUGUAUGUUGGUGACUUCAAUUUUGUAAGGCGAAUAUUUCCCUCGGGAAACUCUGUUAGUAUUUUGGAAUUAAGCACAAGUCCUGCUCACAAAUACUAUCUGGCUAUGGACCCUAUGUCUGAAUCGCUGUAUCUCUCAGACACCAAUACACGAAAAGUCUACAAAUUGAAAUCUCUUGUGGAAACAAAAGAUCUGUCCAAGAAUUUCGAAGUGGUGGCAGGAACAGGAGAUCAGUGCCUUCCCUUUGACCAGAGUCACUGUGGAGAUGGCGGGAGAGCAUCGGAAGCAUCACUGAACAGUCCUCGAGGUAUUACAGUUGAUAGGCAUGGAUUCAUUUACUUUGUGGAUGGGACUAUGAUUCGGAAAAUUGAUGAGAAUGCUGUAAUCACAACUGUAAUCGGCUCAAACGGUCUGACUUCCACACAGCCACUGAGCUGUGACUCAGGAAUGGACAUCACUCAGGUGCGAUUAGAGUGGCCAACAGACCUUGCAGUCAAUCCCAUGGACAAUUCAUUGUAUGUCUUGGAUAACAACAUUGUGCUGCAAAUUUCUGAGAACAGGCGUGUGCGGAUCAUUGCAGGACGCCCCAUUCACUGCCAGGUGCCAGGCAUCGAUCAUUUCUUGGUCAGCAAGGUGGCAAUUCACUCCACUCUUGAGUCUGCGAGGGCUAUCAGCGUCUCCCACAGCGGGCUGCUCUUCAUAGCUGAAACAGACGAGAGGAAAGUAAACCGCAUUCAGCAAGUCACCACCAAUGGGGAGAUCUCCAUCAUCGCUGGCGCCCCCACUGACUGUGACUGCAAAAUUGAUCCCAACUGUGACUGUUUUUCGGGUGACGGUGGCUAUGCCAAAGAUGCAAAGAUGAAAGCCCCUUCCUCCUUAGCGGUAUCCCCUGAUGGUACCCUCUAUGUGGCAGACCUUGGGAAUGUCCGCAUCCGUACCAUCAGCAAAAACCAAGCCCAUUUGAAUGACAUGAACCUUUAUGAGAUUGCCUCACCUGCUGAUCAGGAACUCUACCAGUUCACUGUCAACGGAACCCACCUGCACACCCUGAACCUGAUAACGAGGGACUACGUAUAUAACUUCACCUACAAUGCUGAAGGUGACUUGGGUGCAAUUACUAGCAGUAAUGGCAAUUCAGUGCACAUACGCCGGGAUGCAGGGGGGAUGCCCCUCUGGCUUGUGGUGCCUGGAGGGCAGGUAUACUGGCUGACCAUAAGCAGCAAUGGAGUCCUGAAAAGAGUGUCAGCCCAAGGCUACAAUCUGGCCUUAAUGACCUAUCCAGGAAACACAGGGCUUCUGGCUACCAAAAGUAACGAAAAUGGAUGGACAACCGUUUAUGAGUAUGACCCCGAGGGACAUCUGACCAAUGCCACAUUUCCCACUGGAGAGGUCAGCAGCUUUCACAGUGACCUGGAGAAGCUGACAAAAGUGGAGUUAGAUACUUCCAACCGCGAAAAUGUCCUCAUGUCAACCAACUUGACAGCAAUGAGUACCAUAUAUAUUUUAAAACAAGAAAACACCCAAAGUACCUAUCGGGUGAGUCCAGAUGGCUCCCUACGAGUCACUUUUGCCAGUGGGAUGGAGAUCAGCCUCAGCUCAGAGCCCCAUAUCCUGGCUGGAGCGGUCAACCCCACCCUGGGCAAAUGCAACAUCUCACUGCCAGGAGAACACAAUGCAAACCUCAUCGAGUGGAGGCAGCGGAAGGAACAAAACAAAGGCAACAUUUCAGCCUUUGAAAGGAGACUGAGGGCCCAUAACAGAAACCUGCUCUCCAUAGAUUUUGAUCAUAUAACCCGCACAGGAAAGAUCUAUGAUGAUCAUCGGAAAUUCACCCUUCGAAUUCUUUAUGACCAGACGGGGCGGCCUGUUCUGUGGUCUCCCGUAAGCAGAUAUAAUGAAGUGAACAUCACAUAUUCACCUUCAGGAUUGGUGACAUUUAUUCAGAGAGGGACGUGGAAUGAAAAAAUGGAAUAUGACCAGAGUGGAAAAAUCAUUUCAAGAACUUGGGCUGAUGGGAAAAUUUGGAGCUAUACCUACUUAGAAAAGUCAGUGAUGCUCCUCUUACACAGUCAGCGGCGUUACAUCUUUGAGUACGACCAAUCGGAUUGCCUGCUCUCAGUCACUAUGCCUAGUAUGGUGCGCCACAGCCUACAAACCAUGCUUUCAGUGGGUUACUUCCGGAACAUCUAUACUCCCCCCGACAGUAGCACUUCUUUCAUCCAAGACUAUAGUCGAGAUGGUCGGCUGCUACAGACCCUGCAUCUGGGGACAGGGCGCAGAGUUCUGUACAAGUACACCAAACAAGCAAGGCUGUCUGAAAUUCUCUAUGAUACCACUCAGGUCACAUUAACUUAUGAAGAAUCUUCCGGAGUAAUUAAGACAAUACAUCUGAUGUAUGACGGCUUCAUUUGCACCAUCAGAUACAGACAAACAGGCCCUCUCAUUGGACGCCAGAUUUUCCGAUUCAGUGAAGAAGGUCUUGUGAAUGCACGCUUUGACUACAGCUACAACAACUUCCGUGUCACCAGCAUGCAAGCUGUUAUAAAUGAAACACCUUUGCCCAUAGAUCUGUACCGCUAUGUUGAUGUCUCUGGUAGAACAGAACAAUUUGGAAAAUUCAGUGUCAUUAAUUAUGAUUUAAAUCAGGUCAUAACUACCACAGUGAUGAAGCACACCAAGAUCUUCAGCGCCAAUGGUCAAGUGAUUGAAGUCCAAUAUGAAAUCUUAAAGGCAAUUGCCUAUUGGAUGACAAUCCAAUAUGACAAUAUGGGCCGCAUGGUAAUAUGCGAUAUAAGAGUAGGAGUAGAUGCCAAUAUCACAAGAUACUUCUAUGAAUACGACGCUGAUGGACAACUUCAAACUGUUUCUGUAAAUGAUAAAACCCAGUGGCGUUAUAGUUAUGACCUGAAUGGAAACAUCAACCUGUUAAGCCAUGGGAAUAGUGCUCGUCUUACUCCUCUCCGAUAUGACCUCCGGGACCGUAUCACCAGACUGGGAGAAAUUCAGUAUAAAAUGGAUGAAGAUGGCUUUCUGAGGCAGAGGGGAAAUGAUGUGUUUGAAUACAAUUCUAAUGGUCUGCUGCAGAAAGCCUACAACAAGGCUUCUGGCUGGACUGUGCAGUAUUACUAUGACGGGCUUGGGCGACGUGUCGCCAGUAAGUCCAGCCUAGGGCAGCACCUGCAGUUCUUUUAUGCAGACCUUGCCAACCCCAUAAGAGUUACUCAUUUGUACAACCACACAAGCUCAGAGAUUACAUCUCUGUAUUAUGAUCUCCAAGGCCACCUUAUUGCCAUGGAGCUAAGCAGUGGGGAAGAAUAUUAUGUUGCCUGUGAUAAUACAGGCACCCCACUAGCUGUGUUCAGCAGCCGAGGUCAGGUGAUAAAAGAGAUAUUGUACACUCCUUAUGGAGAUAUCUACCAUGACACUUACCCUGACUUUCAGGUCAUCAUUGGUUUCCAUGGAGGACUCUAUGAUUUCCUUACUAAAUUAGUGCACCUGGGGCAACGGGAUUAUGAUGUUGUUGCCGGUAGAUGGACAACACCGAAUCAUCACAUAUGGAAACACUUGAACCUCCUUCCUAAGCCAUUCAACCUCUACUCCUUUGAAAAUAAUUACCCAGUUGGCAAAAUUCAAGACGUUGCAAAGUAUACUACAGAUAUUGGAAGUUGGUUGGAGUUAUUUGGUUUCCAGUUACACAAUGUGCUACCUGGAUUUCCAAAACCUGAAUUAGAAAAUUUGGAAUUAACUUAUGAACUUCUGCAACUUCAAACAAAAACACAAGAGUGGGAUCCUGGAAAGACUAUCCUGGGUAUUCAGUGUGAGCUACAGAAACAGCUCAGGAAUUUCAUUUCCUUGGACCAACUUCCCAUGACUCCUCAGUAUAGCGAUGGACGGUGCCUUGAAGGAGGGAAACAACCAAGGUUUGCUGCGGUUCCUUCUGUUUUUGGAAAAGGUAUCAAAUUUGCCAUUAAGGAUGGCAUAGUAACAGCUGAUAUUAUAGGAGUAGCCAAUGAAGAUAGCAGGCGGCUUGCUGCCAUUCUCAAUAAUGCUCAUUACCUGGAAAACCUACAUUUUACCAUAGAGGGGAGGGACACUCACUACUUUAUUAAGCUUGGAUCUCUGGAGGAAGACCUGGUACUGAUCGGUAACACUGGGGGGAGGCGGAUUCUGGAGAAUGGUGUCAAUGUCACUGUGUCCCAGAUGACUUCUGUGUUGAAUGGAAGGACUAGACGGUUUGCAGAUAUCCAGCUCCAGCAUGGGGCUCUGUGCUUCAACAUCCGGUAUGGGACAACUGUGGAAGAGGAGAAGAACCACGUGUUGGAGAUUGCCAGACUUCGAGCUGUGGCCCAGGCCUGGACUAAGGAACAAAGAAGGCUGCAAGAAGGGGAAGAGGGUCUUCGGGCAUGGACAGAGGGUGAAAAGCAGCAGCUUUUGAGCACUGGGAGGGUACAAGGUUAUGAUGGGUAUUUUGUUUUAUCUGUUGAGCAGUAUUUAGAACUUUCUGACAGUGCCAACAAUAUUCACUUUAUGAGACAGAGCGAAAUAGGCAGGAGGUAACAAAAGAAAUCUCUGCCUUUGCGUCACCAAAGACUGCCUGUUUUUAAAACACAAAA